UGCUCCCACAUCACUUCCUCGGCGUUCGCUGUGAUGACACCACCCCCUGCCAACAGCAGCAGAUGUAGCCCCAGCACUUUUCUGGGGCUUUUGCUGAGCAGAGAAAACGGCACUGAACCCGAUGGAGCAACAUCACCCAUCAGAAAAACCCUCAAAAGUACAUACAGGACAAUGUCUGCAUUUUUUUUUUUUUUUUAUGGUCUCUUUUUUAUGGAAUUGUUUUGCAGGUUUCAGCUGAGCAUAUUGUCCUGCUGCUCGAUCUUUGCCUGAGGCCAGAUCACAGAUUGUUGAUGCAGUGUGUCCACAAUCUCACCUUUGAGAUGCUAUAGAGAAAUUCAUAAUACAACAGUGGCUCUCAGUGGGUUUUGCUUCAGGACCCAGAUGUGGAGACCAACACAGCUCCAAAAAAGCAGACAAAUAUACCCUUAAAGUCAAUUGACAAGUGAUGAUUUUGGUUCCUUAAUGUGUCUUGCAUUUUAAUGGUUUCAUGCGUUUGGCAGCCAGUAAUUCACUACAGAAAAGAGGUUGUGCUCGACACAAACCAUGUUUAUCCUUGCUGCGAUCUAUUUUUAAUAUGGUCUGGGUUGUAUUUUUGUACCUUGUGAAGUUUUAUUCAUGGUUUUCAAGGAUAAGGCUGUGUCAUGCAACCUGUCCAUGUUGGCAUCUGUCUAGUUUGGCUGCUUCUAACUCUCAGAUCAAUCUGUGCCAAAAUACUGUAGAGUUUGAUUGGACGUGCAGCCGGUGACGUCAACAACAAAACAUAUGGGAAGUAUUUUCUACUGGCUUUUAAAACUUGGUAGGCUGGCUUUUUAUAAGAUUAAACUUCUUAGCAUGACCUUGCUAGCCCCUGCUGUUAGAUACCAUAACUGUACAAUCUGGCAAGAGCAUCUUUUCCAUUGAUGGUCAUUCAAUAGCCAUGUAUUCUCUUUCUAGCAAAACAUGUUUGAUUAUAGUAGAGGCUUCACAAGAGCAUAAAUUAUUCUGGAGGCUCUUUUCUCUAUUUCUCACUGACUGCUGUUUUUGACAGCUUAGAAGAGUUGUUUCCCAUUAAGAUCUUGGUGUUCUUAUGGUGCCAUCUGUCAAUCUAUGUUGUCAUGAUGUCAUUUUCCUCUGUCUCCAGAUUUAAUAAUCACGUUUAUGACCCUUAUGCUACAGAUGAUAGCUGAAAAAUAAACCUGGUAAACUAAACACCCAUGAACAAAGAUGCCAUAUUUUUUUUCCAGGGCUCUUGCGCCAGCUGUGCAACUCCAUUGAGAUGAAUAUGUUGCUCAUGGACAGCUUUAUACAGCAUAAAGAGAAUAUCUGGACAGAUCAGAAAGGAUGAGAAAUUAUAUCCGGAAAAUUUCACACGCAUUCUGGACCGACUUCUGGAUGGAUACGAUAACAGACUCCGACCUGGAUUUGGGGGUCCAGUGACGGAAGUGAAGACCGAUAUUUACGUCACAAGUUUUGGCCCAGUUUCCGACGUAGAGAUGGAGUACACCAUGGAUGUGUUCUUCCGCCAGACAUGGGUGGAUAGGCGGUUGAAGUAUGACGGCCCCGUGGAGAUCCUCCGGCUAAAUAACCUGAUGGUGACCAAAGUCUGGACCCCCGACACGUUCUUCAGGAAUGGAAAAAGAUCUGUGGCUCACAACAUGACGGCACCCAACAGACUCUUCCGAAUCAUGAAGAACGGCACCAUCCUGUACACCAUGAGGUUGACAAUCAUUGCAGAAUGUCCAAUGAAACUCGUCGAUUUCCCCAUGGACGGCCACUCCUGCCCUCUGAAGUUCGGCAGCUAUGCCUACCCAAAGACUGAGAUGGUCUACACCUGGACUAAAGGGCCGCAGCAUUCUGUGGAGGUCCCACCUGAGUCGUCCAGCCUGGUACAGUACGACCUGAUCGGACAGACUGUGUCGAGCGAGACUGUGAAGUCCAUCACAGGUGAAUAUGUGGUAAUGACGGUCUACUUCCACUUGAAACGGAAAAUGGGCUACUUCAUGAUUCAGACGUACAUCCCCUGCAUCAUGACUGUAAUCCUUUCUCAAGUGUCUUUCUGGAUAAAUAAGGAAUCCGUGCCCGCCAGAACUGUCUUUGGAAUCACUACUGUUCUCACGAUGACGACCCUCAGCAUCAGCGCACGACACUCUUUGCCCAAGGUCUCGUACGCCACUGCCAUGGAUUGGUUCAUCGCCGUGUGUUUCGCUUUCGUCUUCUCUGCUCUCAUCGAGUUUGCGGCUGUGAACUACUUCACUAACGUUCAAGCAGAGAGAGCCAAGAGAAAACAGGCCAAAGCCACUGCCAAGAGCUCCACACCGUCAGGCAAAGCUAAAGACACAGAGGAGGUUCUACAGCAAAACUCAGACACCAAUGGAAACUUAAGAAAACGCGUCAACUCCAAUGUCCAGUCUCAACCAGACUCCAAGAAAACCCAAAGAACCGAAACAUCUAGCAAGACCGGUGCAUCAGCUGCAUCCAAACCAACCUUAACCAGCCAAUCAUCUUCCACCUCAGAGGGUACCAGCAGUUUCUCCAGCCAAUCACGUCUCAGCCCGAGUUCCGCCAGCCAAUCAAAUGCAGCCACUUUGUCCUCUGCCUCAAAGACAACACCACCGGCCCCGCCCUCUACACCAACAGUUCCCGAGAAACCGUCGCCAAGUGCACCCACAGGCUCCGCCCCUCUUCACCAUCUCCUUGGGCCUAAAUUAGAGAAUAUUAAAAAGAAGGAAACCAAGGCUGCACCUCAACCUGCCGCUCCUCCAACCGGAGGAGCCAGCAAGAUCGAUGAAUAUGCACGUAUUUUAUUCCCAGUGUCCUUUGGGGCGUUCAACAUGGUGUACUGGGUGGUUUACUUAUCCAAAGACACCAUGGAGGCAAAGGGAGGCUAACAAGAACAGGAUUGGUUGUUUGCACCCUUUUUUCUACAACUCAGAUGAAAUAAAGAGCCCCCUUAAGGAUUACGUCAACAAGCAAUUCCAAGAAACUAAAUUAUACUACUGCAGACAAAACUGCACAAGCGCACAGAAGAAAUUAUCUAGGUGAAAUAAUAUUAAAACUUCUUUUGUUGGUAAUCAAAAGGGCCGUUCACAAGAUUAAGCAUGUGGAUAUAUUAUAAUAAGUCAAAAUAAUUCAAUAAAAAAAAACAAUCCAAGCAAUUUCACAGGAAUGAAUCAUAGAUUUAUCUGUUGUCUGUUUGAAUAGCCAUAUUUCCAGUCUGUCCUUUUUAUCACCGGACACACUGAAGAAGGAACAAUGCCACUGAGUAGAAAAAACAAUAUUAGUGUCGUUUAGUCUAUUUUUAUAUAGAGACACUUCCGGAAAAUAUCCUUCAUUCGGAGAAGCGGAAUUUUCAGAAAUCUGACAGAUUGUAACUGACCUUGCCGAUGUCUGCCAAGAAGACGUAUUUCUGACAUAUUUCUUUCAGUUGUGAUGAAAUCUAUUUUAAACCACAUCAUGGUGUAUGUAAACUAUCAGGCAUGAAUGGUAUCUAUCCCAUGUUCUCUCACCGAGAGAAAAUGAUGGAACGGAGCACGUCCUGAUCGGUGAAAGACACAUAUGCAUGUAUUUUAUGUUUUAAACAGACUAUAAGAAUUUACGUCGUUACAAAUUAAGUCGUUAAAGCAUAAAUUUUAUUUUCUCUCUUUGUUUUUGAAGGUGAAUGGCUUGUUUUGCGUUCAGUUCGAUUUGGGUUUCGUUUUCAUUAUUGCAGUAUUUUUGGUCUUAUAGCUGAUAUGUUCUCAGCACACAGCAUGUGCCGACGGGCCCCCUGGAGCCUGGUGCCGUGGCAACCCCACAGGGGCCAGAUGGUUCUGGAGUCAUUUAGAACAGUAAGAGGGUUUAACUGACUGAUGUUGUCAUACAAGCGCCAGAGGAUGAUGAAAACCUCCACCGAUCCACAUAGGGCUGUUUUUGUGUGUAAAUUGGAUAUAAACAGUGAUUGGUUGAGGUCUUCAUUAUCCACCAGUCGUUAGUUUCCACAAAAAAAAAACAACUAAAAUCUGUG